AUGACGAAGAGGCGGAAGUCGGCUCUCGAGACGCUGCUUGAGAAGGUUGAGGAGGAUAUUGCCGACGCUUCCCCUCCUCGCAAGACACCUUCACCGCCGGCAAGACGUGCGACGCCAACUGGUUCCGGCUCACCCGUCCCGUCUCGCUCCACCUCGAACCUUUCCACGGGCGGCUCCGCCGCACAGGUCAAGCCUAGUGCGCCCUCCACAUCGCUUCAACAGACACCUCGGACGGCAGCGGCGAAAGAGCUAGAAUCGCUGUCACUCGCUUCUCCUACGCCAGCACCGCCGAGGACGCCAAAGAAGCGGCGCCAUCCGCCAGCCACAGCCAAUGCGGUCCCGCGCCGUGCAAGUCCGCCCUCGCCAGCCUCUCCAGUCACACCGCCUUUCCCUUCCAGCUCCCCGUACGCCCCGACGAGCUGUCCGACGCAUCUGGACUCGCCAUCGCCAACGAAGCGCUCUCGGCACCGUCUGCGCGAUCUCGUCAGCCUCUUCCUCCUUUGCAUCCGCUCGGUCGCAGCUACAGAACCCUCACCGCUUGCGAGCCUCGCAGCCCGACUCGACCGGCUCGUACCCGGAUUAGACUUGCCGCACCUCGUCCACCUCGCUCGCACCAUCCAGGAGAACCAGCGGCUUUUGUCCAUCUCGCACGUCCACUCGCAAGCGGGCGGCCGCACCUUCGAUGCCUCCCUCAAUUUCCUCGGCAACUCGCUCUUCCAAGACAGCCCUUUCGAAACUUCAGACGCACCGCAAGUCGCUUUGCAUCUCGCACGCGCACUCCAGCUUUAUCCGCCACCCAUCCUCGCUGUCUCUGCGGAUCCGCCUCUUCCCAUCCUCUGCACCCCUCGCACGUCUUGUCGGCACUGCUCGUCGGCUCUUACCCUUCGCAAGCGCCCGACCGAGCCGUUCUGGCUCGUCGACUCCGCCUCUCCUGCCGAACGCGUCCUGGUCGCCCACUUGACCUGCACCAACCGGCACUGUCGCGCAGUACACCAUCCCGACCAUGUCGAGUACGACGAUACAGACGGUCCUAUGUGGAUGUGGGAAGCCGAGCCGGACGCGAUCAAGGUUGGACAGCGAGUCUGGGUCACAAAGGGCUUCGCGCGGCACUUUCGGAUGCUCCUCCUUGAGCAGGCCGUCAGUCCGGGCGGCUUCGCGGCGCUCUGGAACAAGCUGUACGCCGAGUCGCGGAGCGAGCCCGAACCCUCGACGCCGGACGAGCCGCUCGACCCGUCAUUCUUCGACACAGACUCGGAAGACUCGCCAGACGACGAGGAGAAGUCGACGUCGCGACCCCGCUCUUCUUUCUUUCGCCUCACCUCGCACCACGUAUGGCGCUCGUUUGUCCUCUAUUCCUGCAUCCUCGUCUCGAGCGCAUCGUCCCACACCUUCACCUCUUCGCCUCGCCCCUCAAUAGCUGACCUCGUCGCACUCGGCAACUCCACCUUGUUCGGCUCCGGGAUAGCAAACGUGCACGACCUGUCGCCACACCACUGCUCGACGUGCUCGAAGCCUCGUCGACGAUGGCUUGGCGGACCGGCCACGGAAGCUGAGCGGGAGAAGGGCGUCCUAUGGGCGGGAACGUCUCAUCGGACGGAAGUCGAGGAGGACGCGAUCAAACUGCCUGGACCGCCUGUCCAACUCGCCGUUUGCGACGGUACCGAGAUCGGUCAUCUCCUCUGCGCAGCUCCCGACUGUCCAAACUCCCCCGAACUGCAUCGCCGCUCCGGUCGCUUCUGCUCAACCCACGCCCAUCUUCACGAAGUCUGCGGCAUUGUGGAUUGCGGUCGCACUCGCAGCGACGAUGGCGAUGAGGACCCGAGCGAGGCUUGCGACGAGCCCGAACAUCAGGAGCUUUGGUUGCGCUUCCUUCACGGACGAGAACAGGUCAAGGCGCGUGGAUGGCGAGGACGCCACCGGGCGAGCAAGGUCAAGAAGGAGACCACGGACGAUUUGGCGGCGCUCAAGCUCGAAGCGAGUGAGGAGGAAAGCGACGCGUCGGACACAGUGCGACACGACUCGACCAGAGUCUCGACGAUGUGGGCCUGCAGACGCAGCAAGACGCUCCAGACGCUCGUCGCAGCUUGCGGCGCUCCUCUCGCCUGGGCAACCUUCGCAGACGGCGAGACGCCCGCGUCCGUCAUCGACUUCCUCUCGACCGUCCAUGCUUCAUGGUCUCCAGACGCAGCAUCUGCGACGAGUCGCUCCACCUUCCCCUCCUACAUCGCCUACGACCGCUCCUGCGACGUCCUCCGCUCUCUCCUGCGCAAGCCUUCCUCAUCAGGCGACUCUCCUCUCCCUCCGUUCCUCCGUUCUUCGCGUCUCAUCGUCACAGCCUUCCACAAGCAGUCGCAUCCGCAGGGUGACGCCUUCUGCGACGAGUUCUGCGACCCGACGCCGCUUGAUGGGAGGGCGCCGGAUCUGGUUGUCCCUUACAAGCCUGUUGGCGGGUCAUCGAAGAGGGGACCGCAGUUGAGGACGUUCGAGCGGGCGUUCAACACCUCGGCAGCAGAACAGCUCAACUCGACUCUCUCGCGCUUCGCACCGCUCCUCUCGACGCUCAAGGCUGACAACUUUACCUUCCUCGUGCACGUACUGCUGCGGUACCGGCGGGACGAGGCGGAGAAGCGAGAGCCGUCGGUGUAG